UACUGCUGUUAGGUCAACUGGUCUUUAUUUAGUGGAGUACACAGGUACGUGUAGUAAAAGUUACUUUGUACGUCGUUAUGACGAAUUCUACUCCACAAACGGAUGGUAUCGGGUCAAAUUGUCCGAGUGAGGCCCGUCAUUGGUUAGGUCCAAUAACGUGAGGCCUUCUUAUAUUUGGGUCUAAACUUUUGGUUCGGUUGUCUGCCUGAAUCCAAGUCAGUGGAGUGCCCUAACCAGAAUAGCUGCGCUUGUCUUUGUUUGUGUGCGUGCGUGCGCGCGUCCUAGCGUCGACUUUCUCUCCAUAGAGUUUCACUGAGUUUACAUCCGGGUUUUUUCCCUAGGCAAUGGGAGUCGCAGCACCGCCGUUCCUUAGGCAAAGUGAAAUAAAUUCGCCGCACCGACACAAAAAGUAGUUCGUUCUCCCAACACAGUUGCCCAUCGAUAAGCAUCGCCCAUCGACCCCGCUGGGUCAACUUUUACGACGACGGGCGCCGACGUCGAGGCUUCGGUGGUGAACAAGCGGGCACCGGCGGGACGGAGAAGUAGUUUUUGUGCCCCCUUCCUCCUGCUCCGAAGCGCAGGGAUCUGUGGUGUGCUGCGGUCGGGGCUGAAUGAGAUUGAAGAAGAGUUCUUCUUGUUUUGUAGCUUCAGUUUCUCUGUUUUUACAUAUUUUUAACCCCAACCAAACAUUAAAUACGGAGACCGGACAAAGCGGUGCGGCCAGGAGGCAUAGCGGGCUCUUCGAACUCCGCUGUUCGGCCGUGGAUCGGCUUCUUUCAGAUAUAUAUUUAAUUAAUCCAGAGGAGGACUGCUGCUGAGGCAGCACAGAGGGGUGGAGUCCAGUCCCUCAGCCUAGUGCGGCUCUUUGAUGCUUCAGUUGGAUGGUUUUCCUACCGGACACGGUGUUGAGGCUGAUCGAUCGGCUGACAGACUGACUGGAUCCAUGAUGGAGUUACAGACGCUACAGGAGGCUCUGAAGGUGGAGAUCCAGAUCCAUCAGAAACUGGUGGCCCAGAUGAAGCAGGACCCUCAGAAUGCAGAUCUGAAGAAGCAGCUGCACGAGCUUCAGGCAAAGAUCACUGCGCUGAGUGAGAAGCAGAAAAAGGUUGUGGAGCAGCUGAGGAAGGAGCUGCUGGUGAAGCAGGAGCCUGAGGCCAAGCUGCAGCUGCAGGCCCAGGCUCUACCAGGAGGAGGCGACAUAAAGUCAGCUACCCUGCUGCAGAGCCAACAGAUAACAGGAGGACUGCAGCAGACGCUGACGGUGACGCCCGUCCUCACCACAAAGACUCUACCUCUGGUGCUGAAAACUGCUGCCACAACCGCCCUGCCCGGCUCUGUCCUCCAGCAGCGCCCCCCCACCGUCACAAUGGUAACCACAGCUAUCACCAAACCGGACUCACAGAACACUCCCAUCAACCUGCAGGUGGCCAGCAAGCUGACCAAUCAGAGCCCGGAGCCUGUGCGUCUGGUGUCCAAAAACGCCAUGGUGGUGCAGGCCACCACCACCUCCAACAUCACCUCCUCCACCGCCCAGCCAAUCAAAGUUCCUCAGUUUGUCCCUCCUCCUAGACUGAUGCCUCGGCCCACCUUUCAGCCACAGGUCAGGCCAAAACCAGCCACACCCACCAACAUCCCCAUCGCUCCGGCCCCUCCCCCACCCAUGAUGGCUGCCCCCCAGCUUCUCCAGAGGCCUGUUAUGUUGGCCACCAAGCUGUCGUCUUCGCUGACCUCAGCGGCGCCCAUCCACCAAGUCCGCAUCGUCAACGGUCAGCCGUGCAGUAAAACUGGCUCCACCCCACUCGCCGGCAUCGUGAUCACCACACCUGUCUCUGCCACGCCCGCUCGCCUCGCCAGCCCCGCCCAAGCCACCAACCCUAUCCCACUGUCCGCCCAACCCAUCCAGAUCAGCAGCCUGACGACUGAGCCUAAGCACACUGUCAAAGCUGGAGGUGGAGCGGAGCAGAAGGUCAUCGUCAGCCUCCCCUCCUCUUCCUCCUCGUCCUCCACUUCCACAUCAACUCCUCCUCUGUCCCCUGCUCCCAGACCGAAGAGGGAGGAGAACCCCGAGAAACUGGCCUUCAUGGUGUCUCUGGGUCUGGUCACAUACGACCACUUAGAAGAAAUUCAGAGCAAAAGGCAGGAGAGAAAGAGAAGAACGACGGCCAACCCUGUGUACAGUGGAGCGGUGUUUGAACCCGAGAGGAAGAAAAGUGCAGUCAGUUACCUGAACAGUCCGCUGCACCAAGGCACCAGGAAGAGAGGUCGCCCACCUAAAUACAGCAGCGUCCCGGAGCUGGGCAGCCUCACCCCGACCUCCCCCUCCAGUCCCGUUCAUCCCCUUCCCCUGCCCAGUCCCAGCUCUGGGGAUGGAGACAUCCAUGAGGAUUUCUGCACUGUGUGCAGACGCAGUGGCCAGUUGCUCAUGUGCGACACGUGUUCUCGUGUUUAUCACCUGGACUGCCUGGACCCACCCUUGAAAACCAUUCCUAAAGGCAUGUGGAUCUGUCCAAAAUGCCAAGAUCAGAUCCUGAAGAAAGAAGAAGCCAUUCCCUGGCCUGGAACCCUGGCUAUAGUCCAUUCCUACAUCGCCUACAAAGAAGCUAAAGAGGAGGAGAAGCAGAAGCUGAUGAAGUGGAGUUCAGAACUGAAAGUGGAGCGAGAGCAGCUGGAACAGAGAGUCAAACAGCUCAGCAACUCCAUCACAAAGUGCAUGGAGACCAAGAACACCAUCCUGGCUCGUCAGAAGGAGAUGCAGCUCUCCUUGGACAAAGUCAAACAUCUCAUCCGCCUCAUCCAAGCUUUCAACUUCAACCAAGCUCUGGCAGAAGCAGACGCUAAAGGCACUAGUGACCGAGUCCAGGACCGGCCCCAUGUGUCACUCUGUCCCCCGGCUGCACCAGAGACCACCCCUGUGGACACGGCGACGUCUGCAGACUGUCCAGCCGACAGCACGGAUGUGAACGACCAACAACAGCCGCACGGCGUCACAAACAGCUCCCAGUCAGAGGGGGGGGACGGGGGAGGAGGGAACACGAACAACCAGCCCGUGCUGAAGGACGGCGGCGUCCCGCCCACAGACGGUGGCCUCGUCCUAGCGCCGGGGGCUAAUGCUGGCUUUGUUGUGGGAGUCGGAGGGAACAGCGCAGCGGUGAGUCCGCAGUCGGAUGUUGUGACCAAGUCCGACACGGCUCCUCUGCUGGAUAUCCCCAUCAUGGCAGUGAUCGCGACGGUCGCCGCCACCACCAACGGUACGGCAGAGCCGACGAGCUCCGACCACGACUCCGCGGCUGACCUCACCACCAACUCUGAGAAGAAGACGUCCGCCGUCAGCGCUCCUGACGCAGCGUUGGAGAAUUUGCAGGAGGAGUUGAGCGACAGUGGCGGCAGCAUCAUCAACAACAGUAAAACCUCAGAACCCUCCCAGCAUUCUUUGCCAGCUCUGGUCAGCAGUUUGGACGAUAAAAAGUAACGCUCCGUCUCCUGAGUUGUGGGGAUUCAAACAUAUAUAUUAAAAAAGACGUCUGCUUGCACCGCCUGGUGCUCUGAAGUUGCCAAUCUGUAUAAAUGUUGUUUGUUUGCAUUGUAUUGUCAGACUGUGUCAAUGGUAGAUUUACAGCCCAGGUCACAUGACUCUGGGCUGUGGGCGUAGGCCACACGGCCCGCUGAGCUGAGGGCUACAGGACGGCCUACGCACCAGUGUCAUCAUGCCAACUAGUGGUGGUGGGGGUGGAGGGAACGCUGGGGGAGAAGUGCAGUUCAUCAUCACACCAGUGUGUGCCUGUUCUAGUACCCCCACCCACCCACCCCAGGUUCUCCUGCGGGGGCAGGACAUGGGUUCACCUGGGUACCAGGAUGAACCUGAAGCUGAACAUCUGUCUGAGAGGGCGAUGAUGUGAUGGGGGGGGGGACAUGUGCAGACCUUGAGUCGUUGAACCUGUCACCUUCCACCAACCCACUGAAGAGUACUACAGCAGGUCAGAACCCGGUGACGGUGACCAGCCUCCUUUAGCAGCUAACAUCAUCACUGACACCCGGCCCCCUCCCUGUCUGUCCUCGUCCACCCUGAGCAAUAAACUGACAUCAAAGCUGACCGACGUCCAGGCCCAGUGAGUCCCACAAAGUUCCAGUCUGAAGACUUGAUCCAAAACCCCUAAAACUGUGCGACAAAUAAUUUGGUUUUCAUUGAAUCCAGUCGUGAACCAAGGUCACAGAGUCCAGUACCCACCGCUGGCACUAACCAGGGUCAGAGUAAUGAUAAAGGAAAAGUUCAAAGGUCAACAUGCAGUACCUAUUCCUGACUUUAGUCCAGUCACCAAGGACUGGUCUCCAGAACUGUUUGACACCAAAGUUCUGUAGUCUUGAAUGACAUCAUCACAUAAACGCCAAGACCUGAAUCCACGUUUACACGUUUACUAACAAUGUCCACAAGGUCACUGGUCCCGUCACUGGUCCAGUCAAACUGUCAGCAUUUAGGCUAACCUCAUUAGGUGCCCCCACCCCCACCCCCACAGAAGUGUUGAUGUUCAGGAGGAGGAGGUGGUUGAGGAGGUGGGCAGAUGUUCUCAGUGCUGUUGGUCUGGUGUCGUGAUGGACUUUUUCAUUUGUGAGUCAAGUGUGUCAACUGUGAGAACUCAAUGUGAAAUUGCAAUACUGCAAUGUUACACACCCAUACACACAUACACACACACACACACACACACACACACCCCAGGGGUAUCUGGGCUGCUUGUGUUUUUAUAGGUAAAGAUAUUCAGGUCUUCCUAGUCUUCAGAAAUAAGUGCUUUUUGUUCCUGAUGAUCUUUACAUCCUGGUCCCCUUCAGACCCCGACUGCCAAAACCAUGUUGUCUCCACCCUCAGCAGGGACACUUCCACCCAACUGUAUGGACCGAUCAAGUCAACGAUGUCCUGCGGUACCGUUGAAGGAACUUGUUUUGACUUGUUGAAGGAGCAGCUCCUUCAGGUGACGGGGAGUCCUGAGAUUAAAGCACAAGCUGGCUGCAGCACAGAGGAGGCGGAGGAGUUCACCUGGAGUUUGCACCUCUCUGGUCAUGUGACCUCUCUGGUCAUGUGACUUGACCCCACAUUGCCAAUAUUUUUGUAGGAGAAACACAGAGCUGUGUGUAGUUGAUCUUUUGUCGUUUGUCUUCUGACGAGUGGGCGGGUCUUCGCCCAGUCUCCGCCCCCUCACAGUCGGACAUGUUGUCCCGCCUGGUAUGUGAUGCUGAUUGGUGAUUGGCUGGGAGGCUGUCACCUGGGUCUGUAGUUUGGGGCCGGAGCGUUAGCCAACUGUGUUGUCUUUACUCGCCGUGCCUCGAGUGGUGAUGGAUUUCGUUGUACUUUUUUCGCUCGCCCAAAGACACAUUCACCUCCAGUUGGUCUAAUGUUGGAGACCUGUGGUUUGGUAAGUCCUGUUGGUGGUGGUGGUCUUAACAACUGUUAACUAUUAAAACAAGUCUUAAGUACGAUGAGUUCUCAUCUUCACCAGAAGAUGUCACUCCAAUGGAGUGUUCCUGUUCCUGUUCCUGUUCCGUUUAUUCCACUGACUCCGGUGCAUGUGUCUUUGGGCGACCACCACAGAAUCAUCACAGGUCCUGGUCCCUGUAGUCAUAUCAUGUGGUCCAGAGUGACGGAUCAGCAUAUCUGACAUCAGCUGCACAAACUGCCUCCAUCCAGUCCAUCGGUCCCACAAACCCGGCCCGGAAAUGCCUCCUAAUGUUUUGGUCUUUUGAGAGAACCUGGAGAACACGGACAGAGAAGAGUUAGAUGUUGGUGGAGAACAGAAGAUCUGCCCGAGUCGUUGCAUUUGUCUUCAGCUGCCUGUGACAGGCGUGGGUUGUGUGUUUGUGGUCUAUGUGGGGUGGAUGUGGACUUCCUGUCUGUGUGGACCAGGGCUGUUGGUUGGCUCCUAAAAAUCAACUUCUGUAAAACAUUUUCAAAGGCCGUGGUUGUUUGUUUGGUUAGUUUUGAUGUCUGUCCAACCAGGAGGACAGGUGAUCUGUCAACAACAUGACAUCACUGUCUUCCUUCCUGAUGAGCACAGAUGGAUAUACGGUCAAAGCUGCACCUUGAGCGCCCUCUGCCUUCCUCUGUAACAAUCUGAGUUUCAAUAGAGGUUUGAUUUAUGAGACUAAAAGCAACAGCCCUGGUCUGGGCAAGUCAUGCACCGCCCCCCCAUCCUUGCCCCCCCAUCUGCAAAUGUGUUCCAGACCACCUGGACCAGUCCCUCUGUACAGUAGGUACCUAGAGUGCCUUUCUUCAAACAGCAGAUAAUAUUUGUCUCUUGACUUGCACUGUGACUUGUAGAACCUUAAAUAUUCCUUCCCAGGCCAAUCCUCAGACCCCCACCCCUGACCCCCCCCUACACCUGACCCUCCUCUGUCCAAUCCUGUCCCACCAAGCUCCACCUGGAAUCCACCAGAGCACAACCCUGGUCCCCCCACCUCAGGCUGCCAGUAGUCAAUGGAAGUCAUGUGACAGCGUCAGAUGACCAGAUAGUGUUUUGUUGUCUAAAUCUAGGAGUUGCCUUAAAUGUCUUUUAUUUUUCCUUUUUUACGUGAUUCGAUUUUUACAUUUGGAGGAGAAACAGCGGCGGAGGCGACAGAGUGUCGCUCAAUAAAGUGGUCCAAAGACGAAGUGUCCGUCCUGUGACGUUUGUCAGUGUGGUGACCAGCUGUCAGCAGUAUUACUGUAGGAUCUAACGGCACCAAAGUGCAGGUCCUAGAUGUGGACUCGAGGAUCUAGUCCACAUGUAGACAGGAAAGAGUUUUGGUCUUCAUCCUCUAACAAAAAACCAACAAAUCUUUAUCAUCGUCCUCCGACAGGAAACAUUUCGUGUUUUCUCCUUUAGUCUCACGUUGACGUUCUUGAAGGUGUUUGGACCAAGUACCAGACUCUUCUCUAGUUCUGACUGGAACCUCAGUUCUUAACCAUGUUCCAGGGUCAUUGGGUAGUGGGGGGGAUGGGGGCUGCAGCUGAUGACCUUCAAAUAAGAUUAUCCCCACACCACAGGUAGAUGUCACUGUUAGAAACAGACGAGAGUAACAACUCUGCUGGUAGCGCCACCUGCAGGGAGUUAGUAGUCGUUUUUGGUUUUGGUCUCUGACACUACCAUUAGUCUGAAUGGGCUGAAUAUCUGACCUGCUUGUCCUGCCCUUUGACCUCUCUGAGUCAUGUGUUGGUCGACUAGACUGACCGUGGGCCCAGGUUUGAGCCCACUCAGACUGAGAAGGUGAACGUGGAGUACCAACAU